AUGGACUUCAACAUGGGUUGCUACCCCAUUCUCUCUUUCGAGAUCCGGGACUACUAUGAGAAGGUGAGCAAGGGCCUAAUCGAGGAGAGACCAUAUGACUAUUGGGGCCCUGAGUCAGAGGAGGAAAAGGCUCAUUGGCGCCAAUGGUGCUUGCCAAUCAAGAAAUCUUUUCGCCCGAUAGACUGGGAUUCGGGUUUCACCGGACGUGGCAUCGUGAAAAACAAGGAAAAUGCCAUGGAGAGACCAGGUCUUGUUGGGCCUCUGGGUGAGAUGUUUGUAGUGGAUGUGGACCCUCUAUCGGACGCGAUCGUGUGGAGGAUUGACAGUAGUUCGUCCUCGGAAGCUGAAGUGGGCAAGGGAAGGAAGAAGCAGAAGAGAAGUAGUUUCGAGGCAGCCAACAAGAUGUAUAAACGAGUCAAGGAACAUUUCGCUGCAUUGACCUAG